GGGGAGCGCUUCCGGGAAGACGCUAAGAUGGCGGCGGCAGCGGCGGCGGAGGGCGUGAUGGCGGCGGCGCUGCGGGAGUGGGCGGCGGCGGCGGCGCGGCAGGAGGCGGCCCGGAGGGAGGCGCUGGCCUCCUGGGAGCCGCUGCUGGUGUCUCUAGCCGGGCUGGCGGAGCAGCUGCGGGCGGCGCGGAGGCUGGCGUGGGGCUCCUCGCCGCUCGGGGCCUUCGGGGAGCUGCGGGAGCGGCUGUGGAGGAAGCAGCGCGGCGCGGCCGAGGCGCUGCUGGAGCAGCUCGGCCGGCGGCGGGAGGAGCUCCGAGCCCUGAGGGACGCCGUCGGGGCCGGCGCCGCCGCCGUGCUGCGGCUCUACGAGGAGAGAGCGGCGGAGCUGGGCCUGGCCGAGAGCCUGCGGCGCGGGCCUCGCCGCCCGUCGCUGGCUGAUGUGCUGGAAGGGCUGCAGGAUGUGGAGCGGUACUACCGGCACCUGUACCUGGAGAGCAAGCUGUUCCUGCUGCGCAUCAGCUGUGACAGCCCAGAAGACAUGGAAGCCCUCCCGCAGGCCUGGAAGAGGAUUUUGGAGCGGUACGAGGAAGACACUGUUCAAGGUAGCUCUUCACAGGGCAGACCUGAAGGGUGUUUCUCAGCCCCGGAGGCUGAAGGCCUGCCAACCACCCAGCUCCUGUGUUGGGCUCAGUAGCAGUGGAUGUUCUUCUUAAGGUUUCUCUCUUUUUGGACAACCAGUGACAGCUGCCCUGCUAACCAGGCUCCAGAUGGAAAAUCCAAGGAGGACUGAUGUUGACCAGCUUCUAUGAGUGCCUGGUAUAUUCCAAGAUAACCACAAAGAGGAGGAUGAGUUGAGGAAGCUUUACUGAUGGUGUUUUGGAAGCUGAAUGAGUUGGCAUUGGUAGGAAAUGCUUGGACUGUUCCGUUUUCAAAUGGAGAUGGACUUAACGUCUGAAGAAGAGGUUGAGCUGAUCAAGUCAUAGCAAUAGAAGGGAGCCAGCAUCUUCAACUAUGGAAGUCAUCCUUUCUUUUUUCUGCUACAGGUGUUUUGUAUACAAAAAAAAAAAGUUGAAACUUACUGACUUGUAAACAAAUGGUGAUAUGCACUGCAAAUAAAUAAAUGUAACAUGAGGUCUAGCAGGUUGAUACCACAUAAAGAUUUUUAGGUACCAUCCUUAACACUAAAUAAAGAUGUCAAGUCAGGAAUUAAAACCAGUUUGUACAUUGUGCUUCUGAGCAAUGUGUUUGCUUUCAUCCCCCUUGUAUAUUGAAGAGGAAGGAGCAAAUUUGGCUUGUACCUUUGUAACUACGUUUACACAGAUCUAGCAUAAACACCUGACUUCUGAUAAUAUGGGCAGUUUUUGAGUGUGUUACAGUAUGCUUCUGAGAAAGACGUGUCUGUACCAGUUAAAAUCACUUGCUUGUGACAAAUAUUGAUAUGUUUAAUUCAGCCUUAAAACUUUACACUCUGUGGCAGCAGCAGCUGCUGUCAGUUAGGGGUCAUCUUCUGUUGGCCGUGAAACUGAUCCUCUGUAAUGUUCACGGGAAAUGAUGGGAUUCGUGUCUGUAACUUACUUGAUAAGAGCUGUAACUUGUCAGAGAAGGUCAAAUAAAUAAUUGUGACUGUA